AUGGCUGCAGAAGGUCCUAAGCCCGGUUUCCUAGGAAACUUGAACGGAAAUCAAGAAGCAAAAUUGCAAAGUUUGUGGUCGAUUCUUCUCAGGGCCGCCGAGUCACCAUCGGGCGAAGAGCCCCCUAGGGCCUCGGUGGAGAGAUCCAGUAGCCCAAAUCCACAACAGCGUCGGCACUCGCUGCUUGGUCGCACCCAGAGCAAUUUAUCCGAUAAAUCGUCAGCGACUCCAUCAGGUCAACAGAAGGUUACGGCAUACCUCAGGGAGAUUGGCAUGGGCGCUCAGGAGACAAAGAUGAUUCAGAGCUCUUUAUCACAGAUAUCUUCGCUCGAGCUCAGAGGGGGGAUCCUGAACCUGUUGAAACACGAUAAUCCCGAUGCCAUGCUGCUCCGAUUCCUGCGUGCUCGAAAGUGGGACGUUCCAAAAGCCUUUGCGAUGAUGAUGGCCGCCAUUGUUUGGCGGGUAAAGGAGAUGCAUGUCGAUGACGACGUCAUGGCUAAGGGCGAGUUGCACGCCUUGCAGCAGGAGCGGAGCGCCACAAUUGCGGCUGAAAAGAAGGCCGGCCAAGACUUUCUCGCACAAAUGCGCAUGGGGAAGGCAUUUGUGCACGGAACAGACAAGCUUGGCCGGCCAAUCGUGGUGAUCAAGGUCCGCUUGCAUAAGCCAGGCGCACAGAGUGAGGAAACGCUGGAGAGAUUCAUUGUACAUGUCAUCGAAUCUGUCCGUUUGACUCUCUCGCCUCCGGUCGAGACAGCGGCCGUGGUGUUUGAUAUGACCGGAUUCGGACUCUCGAACAUGGAAUAUCCACCCGUCAAGUUUAUUCUGAAAUGCUUCGAAGCCAAUUACCCAGAGUGUUUAGGAGUUUUGCUCAUUCACAAUGCCCCUUGGGUGUUCUCAGGAAUCUGGAGAAUUAUCCGCGGCUGGAUGGAUCCGGAUAUUGCUGCCAAGGUCAAUUUCACCAACAACGUCAAUGAUGUGACCAAAUUCAUUGCGCGUGAUCAGCUAGUUGAGGAGCUGGGGGGCUCUGAAAAAUGGAAGUACACGUAUAUCGAGCCCGAUGAGAACGAAAACCGACGGAUGGAGGACACCAUCACUCGAGACGCACUCUUGCAGGAGCGCCAAGAAAUCGGUGAGGAAUUCUUAACCGCAACCUCAGACUGGAUCGAUGCGAGUAAGAACAUGGACGACGGUAAAUUGCAAUCCGCACAGAGCCAGCGAGCGUAUCUGGCAGAGCGGUUGAGAAUCAAUCAUUGGAAGGUCGACCCCUACACAAGGGCGCGUCUAUGUCUUGACCGGGAGGGUGUUAUUCGAGAGGGGGGGAAGAUUGCUUUCUAUGGCAACCCAGACGAGACAGUAGAGGCAAAGAGCGCUGCACUUGAGAAAGCAACCGAGGUGCAACUUCUUGAAAGGUUAAAGCUAACAUCUGAAGGGACAACGGUAUGA